UAUAAAACUAAAGAAACCCUUGAUCCGAGCACCAGAACAGCUUUAGACUUAGUUAUCUAGAGCUGUCUCUGCAAAUCAACACGGACUUGUCCAGAGUAUAAAAAGUCUCCUUAGCACUUUCGCUUUAUCAAGAUGUCGUCCCAAAUUGAUCCCAAAGAUCCGGACUAUCCAUACUUAAUGGUGGAUAGGAAGAAAUUAAUGGCGGAGCAAACCAAGGAGUUCGAUGGCAAGAAAAUGUGCUGGAUUCCCGACGAUAAAGAAGGAUUUGUAAAGGCUGAAAUUCAGUCCUCUAAAGGAGAUGAUAUUACAGUAAAAUGUAUCGAUUCUAUGCAGGACAGAACAGUUAAAAAAGAUGACAUCCAACAGAUGAAUCCACCAAAAUAUGAAAUGAUUGAAGACAUGGCAAACAUGACAUAUUUGAACGAAGCUUCUGUACUUCACAAUCUGAGAGCUAGAUAUUCCAACUCACUUAUUUACACCUACUCUGGACUUUUCUGUGUUGCCGUAAAUCCCUACAGACGUCUCCCAAUCUACACAGACAGCGUUGUUGCUAAAUUCAAGGGAAAAAGGAAGACAGAGAUGCCUCCCCAUCUGUUCUCUGUUGCUGACAAUGCUUACCAGUUCAUGUUACAAGAUCGUGAAAACCAGUCUUGUUUGAUUACAGGUGAAUCCGGUGCCGGAAAGACAGAAAACACCAAAAAAGUUAUUAUGUACUUCGCCAAGGUCGCCGCCUCUCUUGCGAAGAAAGAGAAAGAAGAGGAAGACGCAGCCUCCAAGAAGGGUUCAUUGGAAGAUCAGAUUGUACAGGCUAACCCUGUACUUGAAGCCUACGGUAAUGCCAAGACUACCAGAAAUAACAACUCAUCUAGAUUCGGAAAGUUUAUCCGAAUUCACUUUGGUCCUGAUGGUAAAAUUGCUGGUGCUGAUAUUGAAACAUAUCUGCUGGAGAAAUCUCGUGUUACUUUCUGCUUAUCUGCCGAGAGAAAUUAUCACGUUUUCUAUCAGCUGAUGACACCUGCCAUGAAAGACCAACAUGAAAUGAUGUUACUUACCCCAGAUCCAGCUCUUUAUACAUUUAUCAACCAAGGUGCUCUGACCGUCGACUCCAUUGAUGAUAAUGAGGAAAUGAAGCUUAUGGACGAAGCUUUCGACAUCCUGGGCUUCACAGCCGAUGAGAAGAAGAGUUGUUACAAGUGUACCGCCGCUAUCUUGCACAUGGGUGAAAUGAAAUUCAAACAGAGAGGCGAACAAGCUGAACCUGACGGCACCACAGAGGCUGAAAAAGUUUCAUUCCUCUUAGGAGUUAAUUCAAACGAUUUCAUUAAAUCUCUGGUUAAGCCAAAGAUCAAGGUCGGUACAGAGGUAGUCGCACAGUCUCGUACCAAAGAUCAAGUCGUCAACUCCGUCAGUGCCAUGUCCAAAUCUUUGUAUGAUCGUCUGUUCAACUGGCUAGUGAAGAGAGUCAACCACAGUCUUGAUACAAAAAACAAGAGAAAUUACUAUAUUGGUGUACUAGAUAUUGCAGGUUUUGAAAUCUUUGAUUUCAACACAUUCGAACAAUUGUGUAUUAACUACACCAAUGAGAGACUUCAACAGUUCUUCAACUACACCAUGUUUGUACUAGAGCAGGAGGAGUAUAAGAAGGAGGGAAUCCAGUGGGAGUUUAUCAACUUUGGUAUGGACUUGCAAGCCUGUAUCGAUCUCAUCGAGAAGCCAAUGGGUAUCUUAUCCAUCCUUGAAGAACAGUGCAUGUUCCCUAAAGCUGACGACAAGUCCUUAAAGGAAAUGUUGUUCUCCAACCACAUGGGUAAAUCACCCAACUUCACCAAACCAGGAAAGGCAGCCAAGGGUGCGAAUGGCGACUUUGAACUCCACCAUUACGCCGGAAUUGUACCAUACAAUCUCAAGGGAUGGUUGGACAAAAACAAGGAUCCUAUCAACGAAACUGUAGUAGCAUUGUUGCAACAAUCAAAGGAGCACUUAGUUCAGACCCUCUUUGCAGCAGAAACACCUGCUGAAGGAAGUGGUGGACCUAAGAAGAAGAAGAAGUCGUCUGCUUUCCAGACCAUCUCUGCUGUACACAGGGAAUCUUUGAACAAAUUGAUGAAGAACUUGUACGCCACCCAUCCUCAUUUCGUCAGAUGUAUCAUUCCAAACGAAUUGAAACAACCAGGUCUUAUUGAUGCCGCUUUGGUAUUGAAUCAGCUCCAAUGUAACGGUGUACUUGAAGGUAUUCGUAUCUGUCGUAAAGGAUACCCAAGCAGAAUCAUAUAUGCAGAGUUCAAACAAAGAUACUCAAUUCUGGCUGCCAGUGCUGUACCACAGGGAUUUGUUGACGGCAAAGUUGUCACAGAAAAAGUACUUUUGGCUUUGCAGCUGGAUCCAGCAGAAUACAAACUUGGAAACACUAAAGUCUUCUUCAAAGCCGGUGUUUUGGGUAACCUAGAAAAUAUGCGUGAUGAACGUCUUGGUGCAAUCAUUUCCAUGAUGCAAGCCCACAUCAGAGCCUUUUUGAUCAGGAAGGCAUACAAGAAACUUCAGGAUCAAAGAGUUGGUCUGUCUGUCAUCCAGCGUAACAUCAGAAAAUGGUUAUUACUCCGCAACUGGCAGUGGUGGAAGAUGUACGCCAAAGUCAAACCUAUGCUGAACAUUGCCCGUGAAGAGGAAGAAAUGCAGAAGAAACUCGAAGAGAUGAAGAAAAUGGAAGAGGAUCUAGCCAAAAUUGAAAAGAUCAAGAAAGAACUUGAAAUUAAAAACGUUGAAUUGUUGGAACAGAAGAAUGACAUGUAUUUACAACUGCAAUCUGAGCAAGAUAAUGUUGUUGACCUUGAACAAAGAGUAGAGCAACUUAUCACACAGAAAGCUGAAUUCGAAUCACAAAUGAAAGAAAUGGAAGAACGUUUACUUGAUGAGGAAGAUGCUGCUUCUGAACUGGAAGGUUUGAAGAAGAAAAUGGAAGGUGAAAAUGCUGAGUUGAAGAGAGACAUCGAAGAUCUCGAGACAACAUUGGCCAAGGCUGAACAAGAUAAGACCCACAAGGACAACCAAAUCAAGACUCUCCAAGGUGAGAUGGCACAGCAAGACGAACAAAUUAGCAAAUUAAGUAAAGAAAAGAAAAACUUGGAAGAAGUUAACAAAAAGACACUUGCAGAUCUACAAAAGGAAGAAGACAAAGUAAAUCAUCUCAACAAACUGAAGGCAAAACUUGAAAGUACUCUUGACGAGUUCGAAGAUAACUUAGAGAGGGAAAAGAAAGUAAGAGGGGAUGUUGAGAAAGCCAAACGUAAAGUUGAACAGGACUUGAAGGCAACACAAGAAGUUGUAGAAGAACUAGAAGGCGUAAAGAGGGAAAUGGAAGAAGCAAACAGGAGGAAAGAUACCGAGCUCAACAGUUUGAAUUCUAGAAUCGAGGACUGUGAGGGAGUUAAUGCAAGUCAAAGCAGGAAAAUUAAGGAACUUCAACAAAUUAUUGAGGAAUUGGAAGAAGAAUUGGAAGCCGAGAGAGCUGCAAGAGCUAAAGUUGAGAAACAACGCAAUGAACUGGCUAGGGAAUUGGACGAGCUUAGUUCUCAACUGGAAGAGCAAGGCGGUGCUACACAGGCUCAAAUGGACCUCAACAAAAAACGUGAACAAGAAUUGAUGAGACUCCGCCGUGAAAUGGAGGAAAUGACACUCCAAAAUGAGUCUCAAGUUGCUCAGUUCAGAAAGAAACAGCAAGAAUCUUCCAACGAGAUGGCUGACCAGAUCGACCAAUUGAACAAACUGAAAUCAAGAUUAGAAAAGGAGAAAAAAGAUCUUAAACGCGAACUCGAUGAUGUCCAAAGUCAAUUUUCUCAUUCCAUGAAAAAUAAGGGUGUUUCAGACAAGGUAGCCAAACAGUAUGAGUCCCAAAUCUCAGAAAUGACCUUCAAAGUUGAAGAAACCCAGAGAACAAUUGGUGAAAUCAAUUCACAGAAAUCCAAACUUCAAAAUGAAGUGACUGAAAUUAACCGACAACUGGAAGAUGCUGAACACACCAUUGGUAGUUUGACCAAGGACAAAUCUGCCCUUAGCCAUCAAUUAGAAGAAUCCAAACGUGCACUUGAAGAGGAAACAAGGAUGCGCCAGAAAUUCCAGACUGAGGUUAGAAACUUGAAUGCUGACGUUGAUACAGUGCGUGAAGCAUUAGAAGAAGAACAGGAAUCAAAGAGCGAUCUCCAACGCCAACUCUCGAAAGCAAAGAACGAAGCACAACAAUGGAGAUCUAAAUAUGAGAGCGAAGGCGCCGCCAAAACAGACGAGUUAGAAGAGACAAAACGCAAACUUUCUGCAAAAUUGGCAGAGGCUGAACAGGCAGCUGAGGCUGCAAAUGCUAAAGCUAGUGGAUUGGAAAAGGCCAAAAACAGACUUCAAGGAGAACUUGACGACCUCCUUAUUGAGGUCGAACGUUCAAAUGUUAGUUCCAGUACUUUAGAAAAGAAGCAAAGACAGUUUGACAGGACGAUCCAAGAAUGGACUGUCAAAGUUAAAGAACUCCAAAUUGAGAUUGAUACUGCUCAUACCGAGGCUCGCGGUUACUCUGCUGAACUCUUUAGAGUUAAAGCUCAGUAUGAAGAGACCAAUGACACGAUUGAGGCUCUCAGAAGAGAAAACAAAAAUCUUGCUGAUGAAAUCCGUGAGUUAUCUGACCAACUAAGUGAUGGUGGCAGGAGUUCCCACGAGAUCGAAAAAGCUAAGAGACGUCUUGAGAUGGAGAAGGAAGAGCUCCAAUCUGCUUUGGAAGAAGCCGAGUCUGCAUUGGAACAGGAAGAGGCUAAGGUUGUGCGUGCUCAGUUGGAAAUUUCUACAAUCCGAACUGAAAUUGAUAGAAGAAUCCAUGAGAAGGAAGAAGAAUUUGAAAAUACUCGACGCAACCACCAGAGAGCCCUUGAAUCCAUGCAAAUCAGUCUGGAUGCAGAGUCUAAGGGCAAAGCUGAGGCACACAGGAUCAGAAAGAAACUUGAACAAGACAUUAAUGAACUUGAGAUGGCUCUUGAUACAGCAAACAGAGCUAAGGCCGAAGGUGAAAAGAAUCUUAAGAGAUAUAUCGUUCAAAUUCAAGAGCUCACUCUAAAGGUCGAAGAGGAAACACGUGCACGUGAUGAGUCACGUGAAUCUUACGUUCUGAUCGAAAGACGUUGCAACCUUCUUGUCAGCGAAAUCGAUGAAGUCAGAUCAGCUCUUGAACAGUCCGAGAGAGCAAGAAAGACAGCUGAAAGUGAACUCUAUGAAGCACAAGAUCGCAUCAACGAAUUGGCCGCUCAAGUCAGUUCAGCACAAGCUCAAAAGAGAAAAGUUGAGGGAGAUAUGCAAGCCAUGUCUGCUGAUCUGGAUGAACUUCAAAACGAGAUCAAGGCAGCCGAUGACCGGGCCAAGAGAGCCGCUAUGGAUACCACAAGAAUUGCUGAUGAACUCAGAGCUGAACAGGAACACAGUUCUCAGAUCGAGAAAAUCAGAAAGUCUUUGGAAAUAACCAUAAAGGAAUUGCAUGUCCGUGUAGACGAAGCCGAGUCGAGUGGUGUUAAAGGAGGCAGAAAAGUCAUCGCCAAGUUGGAACAGAGAGUCCAAGAUCUGGAGAGCGAAUUAGACAACGAACAACGUCGUCAUGCUGAAACACAGAAAAACAUGCGCAAGGCUGACCGCAGGAUGAAGGAAUUGGCCUUCCAAUGUGACGAAGACCGCAAGGGCCAAGAAAGACUUCAGGACAUGAUUGACAAACUGCAAUCCAAAGUCAAGACAUUCAAACGUCAAGUCGAGGAAGCUGAAGAAAUUGCUGCAAUUAAUCUGGCUAAAUACCGAAAAGUUCAGAGCGAACUUGAAGAUGCCGAAGAGCGCGCAGAGAGUUCAGAAGCCUCCCUAUCAAAACUUCGUACCAAAAACCGUAGCUCAAUGUCCAGUACAAGGACAAUCAAAAGUGUUUCUGUUAGCAACAUGAGCUCAACUCAGUAAGAUGUGAUGUAUUCAAAGUGCCAUAAGGAGAUAAUAGACUGUAGGACGGGAGACAACUCUGUUUUACCCUUUAUAAUGUGACACAGCCAGAGAGUGAUGAAGACUGUUAUGUAGUUACAUGUGAAGUGGACGUAUUGAUUUAGAACGUCUAUAAUUGAACUUUUAUCAACUUAUUGGAUUAUUUAUUUAUUUUUUUAUUCAAAUGAAGAUUAUAGUUUUAUAUAGCGAUCACUGGCAUGUAAAUAUGUAAUUAUUUGUCUGUGUGAUCUUUCUAGGAUUUGUGUUACAGAUAUAUAUUUUCUCUUGUUAUUCCCUGCAAAUAAAUAUAAGUGCUCAA